AACAAGUCUCUGUUUACAACCACCCUGGACACGAUGGCUCAUUGUUGUCAUAGUGACAUCAACAAAGUUCUAGACAGUAAUGGGCGAGAGCAUGGAGAAUGGGGUGGCCCCUUGUAGGACUGCCAGCUAUGGCCAGGCAAUCAAAGAUGACUGGGGAGACGGAAGACAAGUGGCAAGAGCAACAAUACCAGAAUUGCACAAUCCUCCUUGUCCUCUGAAGAUUGCUGAAGUCAAUUCCUUGGGUCACUUUGUUCGAAUAGUGAACUCUUCUCCACACCAAGAUGUUGAUAUAAGUGGCUACCUCCUGUGGCAGCUGGAAGGAGGACAUGCUGUGUCUAUGUAUCGCUUUCCACAGAACUUGACCCUACCUGCUCAGCAACAUGUUACGGUUUGGGCAUCUGCACCAAAGGUUUCUCAUAACCCACCUACGGAUCUGUUGUGGAAAGGACGUGUUUACUUCAGAAGCAACCCACAAUGCAUCACUGUCCUGUCACGCCCCAAUGGUCAGCCUGUAGCAUCACAUAAAACUGAGGAGUCGCCUUCUUUGUAUACCAGUGUAAGACAAAGUGUAUCACAGAAUCAGAAAACCAGAAGGUGGCCUGUUGUAAACCAGGAUCAAUAUAACUGCAACCCGUUAUCAUCUGCUGUUCUUCCCAGUGUAAAGUAA